CUGUAAAGCCAAUGUGAAUGUGGAGUUCUUUUCCUAGUGCAGUACGCAACCUUUCUGAUUCUCCCAGGGAACGACAGAGAAAACAAUGGCGGAUAGUAUAUCAGCUAAGAGAUGGCUUCCCCUUGAAGCUAACCCUGAUGUCAUGAACCAGUUUCUCUGGGGUCUUGGUGUUAAAGAAGAUGAGGCAGAGUGCUAUGAUGUUUAUGGCUUGGAUGAUGAGCUUCUGGCUAUGGUCCCUAAGCCGGUCUAUGCUGUUCUCUUUCUGUAUCCUAUCACUUCACAGAGUGAAGAUGAGAGAAUAAAGGAAGACAGCAAGACAAAGGAGCCUAGUAGUGGAGUUUACUUCAUGAAACAAACAGUGGGAAAUGCAUGUGGGACGAUUGCACUUCUUCAUGCUGUUGGUAAUAUCACUUCAGAGAUAAAGCUUGUUGAAGGAUCAUUCCUAGACACGUUCUAUAAAUCCACUGCAAACAUGAAUCCAAUGGAGCGGGCCAAAUUCCUUGAAGAUGAUAGGGAAAUGGAAGUUGCUCAUUCUGUAGCAGCUACUGCUGGUGAUACUGAGGCGUCAGAUAAUGUGGAUACACACUUCAUCUGCUUUGCAAUUGCUGAUGGAAAACUUUACGAACUUGAUGGAAGGAGAGCAGGACCAAUUUCACACGGUGCAUCCUCUCAAGCCACCUUACUGCAGGAUGCAGCCAAAGUGAUUCAAAAGAUGAUAGAGAAAAACCCGAAUUCGAUUAACUUCAACGUGAUGGCAUUAUCAAAGAAAGGCGGAGCAGAUGCCUUUUGAAUGGCAGUGUUAGUAUACUACUUUUCUCUGGUUAUGGUGAUGGGAGUUUUUCUCAUUACUGACACAAAUGUUACCUUUUCUGCUUUCUGAUACUUCUUGGUUCACAAUGGGAAUUUUUCUUCAGUGUUUGCAAGUUCACAAUUUACUUCCAUGAAGAAAAGCCAGCCAUUCAAAAUCUAUAUCAAUCAUCAUGGAAUCAGUUAUUUAAA